AUGUCUGUGAACAUAUACUUGAUGACAUGGGGUAACUACGUGAUGAAUGUUGACAUCUACCCAUCACCACACGACUUCAAUCAGGUUGAAGGAUUGUGUGGAAAUUAUAACGGCAAUCCAGACGAUGAUUUUAUUAUGCGAGACAGCGGUACUUUGUGGACACCAAGUUCUGAUAACUCUGACAGGGUCUGCCUUACACACAAAUGGAAAGAGAGCUUGCUCAAUCCGGUUGUCUACGAAAAUACAUUGCCAUGGGAUCGGGAUCAAGUGUUUUGCAUUUGUCCAGGUGUAGCAGCCAACAACUUUCAGUCAGUCUGUUCAAAGCACGAGGACGAUUCUUGUAACACUCCAGUUCUGAGACGGGGAAAACUGAUUACUGGUACCCUACAAGUAUCCAGAGAUAAGAGAGGUACGGUUAGUAAAGUUAAGAAACACAGAGUUGAAGAUCAUGUGAAGCAACGUCUCAAUACAAUGACAAACUCCUGGAAAAAUAAGGUUCUUCAUAUACGCAACAAGCGAGAAUCUUCACCUGCUCCUGCGCAUAUGAGCCCCGAAGAAGCACGUGCGUAUUGUGCCGAAGCAUUCCUAAGCUGUGCGAGUGUGCAGGCUGCAAAGGAUCAGAUUGAUACGGACUUUGAGAAAACCCUAGAAGACUGUGCAUUUGACAUGCUGAUGACAGGGAAUUCACAGUGGGUAACUGCACAUUGCGAUGCACAGACACAGGCACUACAGAUGGAAAUUCAGAAAAAUGAGACUAUUGGUGAAGUUUUUCCAGAAAUAGUCUCAAUCGUGAAAGAUAGCUCUUGUCCGUCUAAUUGUAGCAGUAACGGACAAUGCGUGGAAGGUGAAUGUCACUGCUUUGAUGGUUAUGGGACGGACCUCUGCUUUAUUCAGCUCUCAAAGCCACCUCAGUUGCAAGAACUCGGCAACAAUGGAACCUGUGAUAUCGGCAAAGGAGAUAUUUGCGACUGCAUCCCGAUAGUUGGUGACGGCUUUGUCGAGACCGCCAUUUGCAAUGUUACCAUAUAUGAGACAAACGAAAAUAAUAUCUUUACAAUGUCGCGGUCGUUGAGCCUGCAAUGCGUAUACAACGACCUCAACGAAGUAUGCGCACCAGUGCAGGAUACCAAGCGACGUCAGAAGAGGUCGACACAAACAAUCCUGGCAACCAUGUAUCAUAUUUCCGUAGUAAUGAUGCAGUGAACUUUUGCAGCCCGUCUAAAGUUGUUGUUUUAGAUGGAAACUGUCAAGACUUUUUUCAAGAUGCCGCUGGAAACACAGUAAUGAUUUUGAAACCUCGAUACUGUUAUAUCGAGGGAAGAUGUGUUGGUGAAGGGACGCCUGGAGAUGAUUCGUGUACGGAAUGCAAGCCUUCGUCCUCUACAUUUGAGUGGACAAACGCCUGCAAUGGAGGCAGUAAAGACGAGAAACCAAGCAUGCUAGGCAUCGCCAUUGGUAUUCCGGUCGGAGUAUUGGUGCUCGUUGGAGUAAUACUUGUUUGUGUUCUGGUUGUGAAGAAACAAAAGAAAAACACCACCGUCCAAUCAAGGAUUGAUGUCGGUCUUAUGAUUCUUCUGCUUCCAACAAGAUGUUUCCGCUGCGUGUAGACCCUGGUAUUUUUACAACAAAAUCGGUUCCAAUGCAUGUUGAUGGCGACGGAUUCGUAUUUGACUUGCCGGAACAGGAGGAGAGAAUCCUAUCAGGCGCUUCAAUGUCUACGACCCUGUACCUGAACGACCAGUACCUGCCCCUUUCGAACCCUACGAUGUACAGGUCAGACACAGCUGAAACGAAUACCAUGAUUUGAACGACCAGUAACCGCUUGGUCGAAUUCCAUGAUUCAGAUGGAUGACUCAUUACAAUAGACGUACAAACAAUGCUUAUAGCUUUGAUCAACU